UGUAGGAAGAAACAUGAAGUUCUCCUGGAGAUCACUCAAGAAGAAGAUGGAAAGGGCCAUUUAAGUAGCUUAAAACUACAGGACGCAAGACGGGCCAGAGAGCUGGAAAACGCUACUGGGUUGUGAUCUCUCCCUGAAAAGUUCCAAGUGCCUUUUCGCUUCCUGCAAAACAAAAGAAAGAAAGGAGAAGACCAUGUCCAUAGCCUUGAAGCAGGUAUUCAACAAGGACAAGACCUUCCGGCCCAAGAGGAAAUUUGAACCUGGCACACAGAGGUUCGAGCUCCACAAACGGGCUCAGGCAUCCCUCAACUCCGGUGUGGACCUGAAGGCGGCCGUGCAGCUGCCCAGCGGCGAAGACCAGAAUGACUGGGUGGCAGUGCAUGUGGUGGACUUCUUCAAUCGGAUCAACCUCAUCUACGGCACCAUCUGUGAGUUCUGCACCGAGCGGACCUGUCCUGUGAUGUCAGGGGGCCCCAAAUAUGAGUAUCGGUGGCAGGAUGACCUCAAAUACAAGAAGCCUACUGCGCUGCCAGCUCCCCAGUACAUGAACCUUCUCAUGGAUUGGAUUGAGGUCCAGAUCAACAAUGAAGACAUAUUUCCAACCUGUGUGGGUGUUCCCUUCCCAAAGAACUUCCUUCAGAUCUGCAAGAAGAUCCUGUGCCGCCUUUUCCGGGUCUUUGUCCACGUCUACAUCCACCACUUCGACCGGGUCAUUGUGAUGGGUGCAGAGGCCCAUGUCAACACCUGUUACAAACACUUCUAUUACUUCGUCACAGAGAUGAACCUCAUAGACCGCAAGGAGCUUGAGCCCUUGAAAGAGAUGACGAGCAGGAUGUGUCACUGACGCCCCAUCUCACCCUUCGGAAGACAUAAGAAAGCUGUUUGCUCCUGGAGUUCUGACGGGCAGCAGGGAGACCUCCCUGGCCGAAAUGGCACACCUCCUUCCGGGAGCAGGCGAGGUGGGGACAAGCGGUGACUCCUGAGAGAUGUUCCCCUCUCGCUUCGUGUGCUUUUAACCCUGACUGCUACUAGCCAUGACCCGUGGACCUGGCUGGCCACAGUGUGAGAGAAGGACUACUCGUUGACCUCCUGUCUCUGGAGGAAGCCUCCUAAGUGUGUCACAGUUCUGCCUGGGACCUGCUGCCCAAGCUUUACUGGAAUUCAGGUUUUGAGACUGAGAUACUGUUUGUACUAUUCCACUUAUCUGUCUUGUCAGCUGGCCGACUUCUCUGUAAUGUGUUUUCUAAGAACCAAGUGCAUUUGGGGACUCUGGAUGCACAGCAAGAUUUUCUACAAGCCUUCCUUUCAGGUCCCUGGAAGCUCCCACCCUGAUCCUGUGGCCUAACUUCGUGCAGGGCUGUGGAGCUGUGGGGACCUGAGGCCCCACUCGCAGCAUCAGCACCAUUUCCCUAACAGGCAGUUUUGUCAGGGACACUCUGUGGGGUGGCUGGUCUCUGCCCCCAACAGAGUCUACAUACUUUAUCUACAGGGAAGAGACUGGUUGCCAGAUCACCCUGAACUGAGUGUUUUUUAUAACCACAACAUUCCUUGUCCCUUCCAGAAACUCAAAAUAUUUUUUUUCUGUUUCCUAAGAUCAGAUGAUCAGCAGAAGCCCCGAGCCAGAUUAGUGCAGUGUUUGUUCUUUAUUAAGGGGUAGGGAGUCAUGGCUGUCUCUGCAUAAUGCUAAUAUUUCAGUAAAAACAACAAAAAGACAAUUGGUGAUUAGUAGCUCAAACUCCCAGCAUAUUGACUUGUAACCUUCCCAGCUGGCCCUCUGAGCUUCUAAAUCCAGCCAAUGUUUUUUUCCUCUUCCUCCACACUCUUCCUUCCUCUGUCGGAUUAUAUUAUGGCAUAAAAAUUAAUUUCUGCCCCAAUGAUUGUGCCACAGUUGCCAAGGUAACCAUGGAACUACAGCUAACUUCCUUCUUCCAUCCUUCCCAAGUUUUCUAUUUCCAGUAGACAGACUAAUGCAUUCUGUGCUAUAUCCUGCCUUUUGAAUCCUAAGUGAGUUUUGAUUUAAGAAAUGUUGCCUUCUCUGAUUUAUUCACAAAGCUGUGGUGGCCCUGAAAGCCUGUGAAUAGGUGGUAAUAAUACUUCCAGUGAUCAUUUGAAUUUGACAAAGUAGCAGUUGGUGGAGGGAAGUAGAUAAGAAUGGAUUUAUGCAUUUUAAUGUAAUGCUAAUUAAAGAGUAACUAAAUAA